AUUGAACUUGCGAAGCCCACUUAGAAGAUCAGGAAGAUCUAGCAACGAGUGAGCGAUCAUCGCCAAAUCUUCAAGUCCAACGUCUUCGCAAUUCCUACAUCAUGAAGCGCAAGCUAAACGAGAACGACGAGCCGGUCUCAAUCGCAAAAAUAGAGGCACCCACCAUCGAAGAAACCCCUUCUAUAAACACAUUCGCAGACCUCGGUCUCGACAGUAGACUUCUCCAAGCCACAGCCCACCAGGGUUGGCACACGCCGACUUUGGUUCAGAGCAAGGCUAUACCGCUAGCCAUUGAAGGCUGCGAUGUAUUAGCAAAGGCAAAAACUGGCUCGGGGAAGACUGCCGCAUACAUUCUACCUCUUCUCCAGGCCAUUCUUAAACGAAAACAGACGUCUUCAGACUCUUACACCGCCGCCCUAAUUCUAGUCCCAACUAAUGAGCUAGUGACUCAGGUCGCCAAAGUGCUCGAGUCCCUCACAUCUUUUUGUUCGAGGGAAAUCAAAGUCUCCAAAUUGUCCGAUAAGCUCUCUGAUGCUGCCCAGCGCGCCGUCCUCUCGGAUUCGCCCGAUGUUGUAGUCGCAACCCCCUCGAGAGCAUGGCACAAUAUCAAGAAUUCCGCCUUAUCCUUGGAAAGACUAACUCACCUUGUUUUGGACGAAGCAGACCUUGUCUUGUCAUACGGCUAUGAUGAAGAUUUGCAAAAUGUCGCCUCGUCACUACCAAAGGGCUUACAAACGACUCUUAUGAGCGCAACGUUGACCCCCGAAGUUGACACUCUGAAGGGGCUCUUCUGUCGAAACCCUACUAUCCUAGAUUUGGAGGAGCCCGACGAGGAUGGAGGAGGAGUUUCGCAAUACAUUGUCAAGUGCGGCGAGGACGAGAAAUUUCUUCUCAUUUAUUGCAUGAUAAAGCUAGAGUUGAUCAAAGGAAAGGCAAUUAUAUUUGUUAGCGAUGUCGAUCGAUGCUACCGAUUGAAAUUGUUUUUCGAACAAUUCGGAAUACGAAGCUGUCUUUUGAAUUCCGAAUUACCCGUCAAUUGUCGGAUUCAUGCAGUGGAAGAGUUUAACAGAGGUGUUUACAACAUUAUCAUCGCCUCUGAUGAGAACGAGGUGAUAGGCAAUGAGAAAGGUCAAUCCGACGCGGCCAAUGAAGAUAUUGCGGAUAGCAGUCGUGGCAAUGCCAGCAGCGGAGCGCCAGUCAAUAAUGAUCAACCCCCGGUCGUUGCUUCAUCGGCGAAAAAGCGCAAGUCUUCACGACGCGACAAGAAUUACGGUGUAUCUCGAGGGAUCGACUUCCAAAAUGUCGCAAUAGUCAUAAACUUUGACCUCCCACUGUCGUCUCGCUCUUACCUGCACAGGAUUGGACGGACCGCACGCGCUGGGCAGACGGGCAUGGCUCUGUCUUUUGUCGUUCCGAAAGAAAAGUUUCGGAAACACAUGCCUACCAGUAUCGACACAGCGGAGAAUGACGAGAAGGUGUUAUCUAAGAUUAUUAAGCAGCAAGAAAAGAAAGGCCGUGAAGUCAAACCGUAUAAUUUUGAUAUGAAGGCAGUUGAGGCUUUCCGUUAUCGAUUGAAUGACGCUCUGAGAGCUGUUACGAAGGUUGCUGUUCGCGAAGCAAGACUACGAGAACUCAAACAAGAGUUACUCAAGAGCGAAAGCCUAAAGCGACACUUUGAGGAGAACCCCCUGGAAGUCCGCCACCUUCGGCAUGACGUUGAACUUCGAACAACGCGAAGUCAGCCUCAUUUGAAACACGUACCUGAUUAUCUGUUGCCCAAGGAUGGGAAAAAAGCAAUCACUCCAAAUGAGGUUGGAUUUGUACCUUUCAAGAAGGUACUUGACGGAAAGGGCAGAAAAGGCAGGAUUUCUAAAGGCAGGGGCAGGAGGAUAGGUGGCCGUAGGAAUGACCCCUUGAAAUCAUUCAAGGCAAGGCCCAAACCCAAAUGAUCGAAUGCUAAUUCGGCUUAUUGAAGACAUCUCAUUAAUGGUGUCCUUUCUCAAUUAGUCUCAUGAUCAUAGAUACCCAUGAAUACAGAUGAAUAAUACCA